AUGGCGUCUGCAGCGUUGCGGCCGGAAAGGCCGCCAGAAUUCAUGAUCAGACGCAAACCUGUCUCAAACCCCAAUCUACGACAAACAGCAGUCGCCCAGAACCCGACAUUGGCACACACCGCGACCUCUCCCGCUGUAGUGCCGUCACCCUCAUUGUACCCUCCAUCGUAUACCGAACUCUACGGACCUGCGCCACAUGGCUCUCGUCCCGUCAGCCCAAUCCCACGACCACGUACAGCAGGAGCCACAUCGCCAUCAGUACCGACACCUACCCCUUCUCCAACCCCUGUCCAGAAGGCCUAUGGUGAGGCUCGACACUUCCUCGGCGGAUUGAUCAACCACCCGACGGAAUCUAAUAAGCAUGUUACCAUACUACGUCACUCCCAUGGACUAGUGUUCUAUCGUGGAAACUCAACUUCGGUCGCUAUUUCGAUAUUCUCUGAUACCCCUCUACCGCCGGACCGGACUAUAUGGCUUCAAAGUAAAGGAUGGACUGGCAAGACUGGAAUGCGCGCAAAGGCAAUGCUUCGUCUCCACGAUAGCUGGCUUGAUGUUACCCCUACAAUGCCAUUGCAUGCGAACCAAAUCAAUCCAGAUGACGAGCGAGCCUGGCAACGCGACAUUAAGAAGUUUCGCAAAAAAGCGCCUGCCCGACCACGAGACACCCACAUAUUACGCGAAACCGCCGUGGUGCGAAUUCCUGCAGAUGGUGGUGAUGGUUAUUUUCAACUUGUCCUCUGCCAAGGCCCCAAGAAGAAGGUCAUCGGUAACAGUCCUGUGUUCCGUGUGCUUUCGACAUCAACCAGCCCCAGCUCUCUUCGGGGUGCAAGUCUCAGCACUCUACCCUUAGAAGUCGGGGCAAUGGUUGUCAGUCUUUAUGCAAGAACGGCCGCUCAGACCGUGGUCUCGCCUGCUGCUUCGGCUAUAACAGCCAAAGUUGAUCCUUAUCGUCCAUCGUGGCUUACUCAGACAGCAGCGCAAACUGCUUAUUCAGCUAGUGGUGCUCAGGACCGAGUUGGAGGAAUUAUCAAUGGGUCUACAAGGUCUCGCCAAAGAGACACUGUCAAAGAACCUCAUUCGGUGGAAUUUUACAAUGGUGUGUCUCCGAUGGAACUUGGUCCUCAGCCCCCCUUUCCGAUGACAUUCAAAGCUCGAGGCCAAGUUCUAGAGCCACAGUCACCUAAUAGGAUUGGUGGUAGCCCAAGACUUACACUUAACAAGGUACCAGACUGGGUGCCUCAACAACUCCGAGGCUAUUAUUUUGGCUGGGCUCGGUUCGACUCUGAAACAAGCAAAGAGUCCAGCACCGGCGGGUGGUAUCCAGCCGUGCUUUCUGUUCGCACAUUCAAUCCAUUGCAAGCUGAGCGGGUUGAUAUGUCACAACUUGCAAAACUAGUCGUGAAACUACGCUUGCUGGAUGACGUCCCUCUUCUAUCAAACAAACUGGAAAUCCGUGUCAUGGGUUACCUUCGUGCCGAUAUUCCACCCCCAACGGGCAAAACCAGCCAAGAGCUCGCCGAUGCGCAGGCCGCUGCAACGGAGGCUGCUAUGCUCGCGGAUGCAUACGACGAAUCUGUUGUGCAGAAUACACUGGCUGGUGCAGCCUGGGCUGCGGAAAUGCAAACCCUAGUCGAGAUACCUCGACCGAAUACCGGGUGGAUGGAUCGUACACGUGAUGGAUGUGCCAAUAUGCGAACUCGUGGGCAGAAGUGGGUUGAGCAAGUGCCACUCCACCGUCUUGGAGUUCGCUCGACAACUGACGAUGCGAGGGAAAGGCAAAUCGCGGUGAACGGUUUUUACAUUGUUCGAUGA